UAUUUUUUAUAUACUGUCCUCUUCGAAACUCGAAUGAUUCGAUCGUUGAAAGUCGCAUUUUUAAGUGACAGUGAGGACAGAUUGAGGAACUUAGGACGUCCAGCACGUGCACGGACAAUGCCUGCCGAACGUCCGUCCUAAGACCGAAUGGAACUUUAAGAGCUGAACUUUCACGUGGCCUACUUUGGUAAAGUCCUUCGUGACUGGAGGGCACGCAAGAAUGUCCAAGAGAUGACUGGACAGUGAGAGAAGGUGCGGUAGCUCUUGAGCUUGCUGUCACCGUGGCUUCGUUUCGACGGAAUGGAGGUAAACGGGACUCAAAGCAGCCUGAACGGCACCGAGACCAAUCGUACGACAGCACCAAUCUUUACCAUUGGCACCGAUUUCAUUACGCGGUGGAAGCUGAAAAGGCAACGAGAGCGUCUCUGCAGAUAUGUGUACAAUCAGAUUUUGACAGCGGAAUGUACUCAGUUGAAUGGAACUUGGCCUGAUCCCGAUGAUCCACGCUGGAGUAGCGGUGAAUACGGGGAACUUUUGCCGGAAUGGUUUCCAACGAAUGCAACCAAUAUCUCGAUUCCAGGAAAUAUAACAACCCCAAUGUCACUGGAUAUAGCACCUGUUUUACCACCCUUCGAACUCUGGCAAACGGUCCUGAUAGCUAUAUGCCUUGCGAUAUGUAUACUAUUGACAGUGGGUGGUAAUAUUCUUGUAUUAUUGGCAUUUAUCGUCGACAGAGCCAUCAGACAGCCGAGCAACUAUUUCAUUGCAUCGUUAGCUGCCACUGACAUGCUCAUCGGUACAGUCUCAAUGCCAUUCUAUACGGUAUAUGUUCUAAUGGGCUAUUGGAAUCUUGGACCUCUACUUUGCGACUUAUGGCUAUCCGUAGACUACACCGUCUGUCUGGUGUCACAGUACACGGUCCUCUUGAUUACGAUCGAUCGCUUUUGCUCGGUGAAAAUCGCUGCGCAAUAUCGUAGCUGGCGUACAAAAAAUCGUGUCAUUUGGAUGGUGACUAUUACUUGGAUCAUACCGGCACUUCUCUUCUUCAUCAGUAUAUUCGGUUGGGAACACUUCAUCGGUUAUAGGGACCUUAAUCCAGGACAGUGCGCGGUGCAGUUCCUCAAAGAUCCAGUGUUCAAUACCGCGCUUAUAAUCGGUUAUUAUUGGACGACGCUGAUAGUUCUCUUCAUUCUCUACGGAGGAAUUUAUAAAACCGCCUACGACAUGCAAAAGAAGAGCGAAAUGAAGCAGAGGAAAAUGCAAUCGAUGGUAGCGUUAAGUGCCGGUGCCAUGUCCGGAAUGGCUGGUCGUGCAGCCGGUAUAGGUAUGUCAAAGACUCAAAGUACCUUGUUGAGUCAAGAUAAACCAAGAGUAAGCUUGUCGGGUGGUCAAGAAGAUAAUACGAUUGGUGCCGAUAGCGGACAAAAGUCGUCUAAAGUUUCGGGAUCUGGUGGAACAGAAGAUGCUGCGGACAAGAUCACAUAUGCCAGUACAAUGCCUACGGAAACUGAAAAAUCUGAACGCUCUAGCAGCCCGGCCUUCGACUCCGACGAAGAAAGUACCGUUGGGCCGUCUCAACAACUGAGUAACAUCAAGAAGCGUUCAUCUCUUGCCGGCCUGGUUGUCCAAUCUGGGGCGCUUCAAGUGUUCGCGACCAACGGUCGAUUAAACGGCAUCGUACCCGUUAAGAUCGAAACAAGCGUACCAACCACGAAGAAAAGCUUACCGACAACGAGUCCGAUCUGUGAAUCUAGCACGAUGACUCAAAAAGGCCAAACACUGCCGAAAAUACAGGAGCUCAGUCUUCUAGACACCGAUAAUCCUGUCGAGCCAGACAAAUCGAGUAGUCAAACUUUAACCCCAGAACAAUCAUUAAAAUCUAUCGAUGUUUACAGUAGUAAACAGGUGACCACGUCGAACGAAGAAACAACACCGCUCGUUCAAAGCCGACAACUUUCACUGAAUAGUUCUCAACAAAAUAUCAUACCUCCACCCACGCAGUUUCAAAGCAGUCCACCGAUAACAGGAAGUCCUUCAACCUCAUCGUCCGGUGACAGACCAAAGUCUUUGGUCGUUCCCAGUCAUGGUCAAGGUACCUUCGACAUUCUAACUGGCCUCGACGGAGCCGACUUGAGGUACAUGGACGAGAGUUCGGUUAUUCUCCCAAGUCCUUCCUACGAAAGCCCACCUUCCUCUUUCUCGUGCAGUUUAGCAAAUCCUCUUUCGACGGCACCAUCAUCGCCUAUUCUCUGUAAUGCUACUUCUACGGCGACUACGACUAGCUUGUUACAAGCCGCGCUCCUCAGAGCAACUCAACAAGCUGGCGCAAAUCAAAUGGCUCCAUUGAACAAACAGGGUCAACAACAGCAACCGGCUAUGUCGAAUGCCUCGAGUCAAACGCAUCCACCACGUGUCUUUAUUACCCAACAAACAAACGCUGCAUCUCAAACAUCUCCUACAGUGAGCAAGGUGCAUACCGAAGUAACCGUAAAGGCUGAAGACACUAAACGUCAACCAGUCACAACUGUUAUCGGUAAUGCAAAAAUUGUUGAAACAUCCAAUAGUACGACCGAGAGAUUUUCUGAUCAAGCGACUGAAAGAUACUCUGAUCAAGUCACCAAGAUCAAUAAUAAUCCACCGCAAAAUUCAUCAUCGAGUAGUAUGGUGCCAACAAUUUCUGGUACAGACGGACAAGAGUCUAAGAAACAAUCAAAAAAGAGGGAAACCGAAAAUGAGGAAGAAAGCGGCUCUAGAAGAGACUUCGUCAAAACCAUCGGCAAACGAUUAAAAGCCAAAACUCAGAGAAAUCCGACAAUGGGACGACAAAAGUCAAGGACUGAAAACAGAGCACGCAAAGCCUUCAGAACGAUAUCUUUUAUUCUUGGAGCUUUUGUUGCCUGUUGGACCCCUUAUCACAUUCUGGCUCUCGUCGAAGGCUUUUGUACGAAUCCUCCAUGUACGAAUGAACAUCUCUUCAUGUUCUCCUAUUUCCUUUGCUAUGCAAACAGUCCAAUGAAUCCCUUCUGCUAUGCCCUGGCCAAUCAACAAUUUAAGAAAACCUUUACGAGAAUACUUAAGGGUGAUCUACACAUGACGUAAAUAAGGAAUCGCGUCGAAUAGGUAAAGUAGUACGUCGUACCUACUUUUGUUUGAGUGUAUGGUAAAUGCUAUAAAAACAAAAAAAAAAGAUAAAAAUUAAAUAAAAAUUCGACUCUAAGGCCUUCCAUAACGCGUAUCGAAAUAUUCCCACGUAUCGUAAUUGCGGUGAAAGCGGACAAUAAUCUAGUCAAGCGGCGACUCGUGAAAAAGAAAUCUAUGUACUAUGAGCUUCGUGUAUAUAGAAGAAAACACUUUUUGUUGACAUUGUUCGACAUCUAUAUUCAGAUGUACAUAUUGUAUAUGUGUGAAUACUUGUUAAAAUUUGUGUUACAAAAAAAAAAAAAAUAGAAAAACAUGCUGAAAUCGUAUCAAGUAACGUAGUUUUUAGAGAAGUAAUUAUCGUGUCUCAUAUCAAUUAAAGAUAAUA